AUGAAAAAAGCAAAACGUCCGCCUAAAAAGCUCAGUUUUCAGGAACUCGAAGCUAUGAACAAGGACGAUAUAGACCAUCAUCUCGAACCAAACUCGAAAGCAAAGUACGAGUCAGGGGCGAGACGAUUCGCCAAGUUUUGUGAAAACCAAGGCAAGGACUUCUACCCAAGCGAAACCAACCUUUGCCACUUCAUUUCGGUGGUAUCGCGAGAACUCUUGCCAUCAACGCCGUGGACCAGAACCAGGCCAAUAGCCCCCCUUGACGAACCCAGUUGGGGUCAGCGUAGAAGUCUUCGUCAUAGGAACCAGCCACCGGCGGAUUCCUAG